GCCGCAGCUGAGCGGUGUGGGGCGUGCCCGUCACUGGCGGCGCUUCUCGGCUGCGGCGGGAAGCGGAACCUCAGGAGGGCGCGGGCGCGCGGCCGCUCGGGGACAGUCGCGGCCACAGCCUCUUCUGCGAGGGCUUUCUGUUCCAAAAUUAGUCACGACUUCUCCUUUACAAAAGAGACUUGGGCUGAAACCACAAAGAGGAAGAUACUGUUAGGACAGGAGAGAGCCACCGGCGAGGAGCCCGGGCUCUGAUCCAGGUCACCGCCGCCCCUGCUCUUGGAGUGGACCAUGGACGCCGGGGCCUCCCGACGCCCGCGCGCCCGGGUCUCCGCGCGGGAGCCGGAACCCGAGGAGGUGCUGGACCUGAGCCGGCUCUCCCCGGAGCUGCUUCUGCUGGUGCUGAGCCACGUGCCCCCGCGCACGCUGCGGACCUCCUGCCGCCGGGAGUGCGGGGACUGGCGUGCCCUGGUGGACAGCCGCUUGUGGAUGCGCAUCCUGGCCCGGGAGCAGGGCGCCCUGCUGCCGCUUGUCCGCAGCUGCCUGCCGGCGCGCCUCGACAUCAGGCCCGGCCUCCUGAGAUGCCUCCAGGCCGGUCCUCCUGAGCCGCGCGUCCUCCUGAGCCGCUUCUGCAAGCUCCUACAGUUCGGGCGCAACCUUCUCCUCAAUCCCUGCGGCCAGGAAGGUCUCCAGGGUUGGACGGUGCAGCACGGUGGGGACGGCUGGGUGGUGGAGGUAAACCUGACACAGGUGCCCGGGGCCCCCUCGCAGAACUGCUUCGUGUCUUCCUACAAGUGGUGUCGCAAAAAGCAGGUCUUGGAUCUGGUGGAGGAGGGUUUGUGGCCAGAGCUUCUAGAUAGUGGCAAGAUUGAGAUCUGUGUUUGGUGGGGAGCCCGAGACGACUGUGGUUGUGUGUACCGACUCCUUGUCCAGCUUCUAGAUGCCAGGCUGAACGUCCUGGAUGAAUUUUCUUCCUCCCUCGAACCCGUCCAGCAGGGGAACAACCACUUCUGCUUUCAGGUCACCCACGUGUUCUCCAACAUCAAGACGGGCAUGCGCUUUGUGUCUUUCAAACACUGGAGCCAGGACAUGCAGUUCUGGGCUGGUCACUAUGGAGCCCGUGUCACCAACUCCAGUGUGGUCGUGCGGGCCUGACUGUCUUAGUGGAGAGCUACCCUUGAAAAACAACCUCAGCGGUGCCUUCCGGGACCUGGGACCGCUGACCAGGACUUCUCAUGAACCAAGGAUGGAUAUCACCUCCCUGGGAUCCUGGGAUCGAGGGGCCGCUGGGCACCGUCUUCAGGUUCUGCAAACUACUAGAAGAGAGUUCUUCCGUCAGAGCUACGUACUGCUGUUACAGGGCCGUCCUCCCCUUGGUGAGCACGGAGGAAUGCUGGACCUGGAGGGGUUCUUGGUCCUCCCGGCAGAGGGCAUCUGCUCAGCCCCACUCCCCUCUGCCCUUGCCUUUCUGCUUCAGGAGCUUUAUCGGUCCCUUUACAGAAGGCCUGCCUUCUCUGAAGUGGAAUCUCGUCCUUACUGCUAGGAAAAUUCCAGCCACCUCAGGUGGCAGACAGAAUGUCGGCCAGCUUUAAGGCGGGGACCAGGUCUCAAAACUGAAAGCCAAUUAGCCCCCCAAAAUGUGUGCAGAUCCUCAAGGACCCCAGUGAUUGUGUGGUGUAUAAAAUGUUUUUUUCUCGGCCUGAGUGGCUCAGGUUAAGUGUCUGCCUUCGGCUCAGGGCAUGAUCU